CAACGAUUCACGAACUUGAAUAUCGACAACGCCAUUCCUCCCUCAGCCUCACCAUGUCUGGACUAGAGAAAGCCCUCUUCAACCUCAAGUUCACAGCCAAGCAGCUCAACCGCCAGGCCGCCAAAGCCAGCAAAGAUGAACAAACCGAGAAGGCGAAGCUCAAGAAGGCCAUAUCGCAAGGCCACAACGACAUCGCCAAAAUAUACGCCGGCAACGCCAUUCGGAAAAAGAACGAAAACUUGCAGCUUCUCACUCUCGCCAGCCGAAUCGAUGCCGUGAGCUCGCGAGUCCAGACUGCUGUUACCAUGAGGAGUGUGACCGGCAGCAUGGCGAAUGUGGUGAGGGGUAUGGAUCAGGCGAUGAAGAGCAUGGAUUUGGAAAAGAUUUCCGCUGUCAUGGACAAGUUCGAAACGCAAUUCGAGGACCUCGAUGUUGCGACAGGAUACUACGAAACUGCGACUUCGUCUGCCACUGCUACCGGGACUCCUCAGGAGGAUGUGGAUAGGUUGAUGAAUCAAGUUGCCGACGAGGCGGGCGUGGAAUUGAGCCAGGAGAUGGCCGGAGCUACGCCCGCGAAGGGGAUACAAGCUCCCGCGCAGCAUGAGGAGGAGCGGGAGGAUAAAUUGGGAGAGAGAUUAAGGGCAUUGAGAAGUUAAAGAGUGGGCGGGACAUGGAGGUGUGCUCAAGGUAGGCUGGAUAAGUGAAUGAGGCGUUUUUCUUUUUCUGGAGCGGAGUAGUAGCGGUACCUACCUGAGAUUCCAUGAUGAAGUCAUGAUUGGAUGAUCUCGGCGCGUGGAGUGAAUACGGUAUGUAUGGUGGAGAUGAAUUAUCAAUUCUCUUUUUCUUUAGUCUUGUACUUCUAUUCUACUCUGUGGAAGCCUGAAGUGAAGUCGCUAAAAAACAAUGAACAUUGGC